AUGACGGCCAUCUUCGGGCAGGAGCUGAGCCCCGGCAUGGCGGCGCUCGUGUACAUCUUCCUCGUGCUCGCGCUGCUCGUGCUCUGCGGCUCCAUCUGGUACUACUGGAGCUACGCGCGCAAGAUCGAGCGGUUCCUCGCGCGCGACAACCAGAACAACAACAUGAUGCGCCACGACCUCGUCGACAGCUUUCUCCAGCGCGGUGAACAAGAGUGGCCGUGCUCGAUCUGCUUCCACGACAACCACCCGGACAAGACGAGCUGCGUGAUGUGCGGCACGCCGCGCAUUGUCACGGCGUCAUCGCCGUCGAGCUACUUGGCGCGCGCCUCGGGGCUGCACAAACAGGACUUUAGUCAGAGCAUGCUGAACCAGCAGUCGAGAGUGCGGAGCUUCCACGUCCGACGUCUCAAGCAGAUGGACCUGACGUCCAGACAGAAGGCAGCCGUGCGGCGGCACUUGUGGAAGCGGAAGAGAGGCAACGAUGGCGUCAUGCGCUGGGUGCGCAUUGAUGCGCAGGACGUCCACGACCUCGACGAGGGCGAGAAGCAGGGGAAGCUGAAAAACCUCCGGGACGGGGCCACGUACACUGGGCUCAGUACGCCCCACAAUGGCACGGCGAUAUUAGGUGAGGAAGAGUUCACCCGCACGUCCAACACGAGUCGCAUCUCGUCGACGUCGUCGCAGAGAGAAGACAAUGAGAACAUUGCACUAGCGCUGCGCGAUUUCGGGGUCCCCGAGGACGAGGGGCGUCACCCAGACAGCUCGUUCUUGUCGGCAAACAACGAGUUGGGGCGGCCGUCGUUCCAGCCGCUGCGUGCGACGGCACUGAAGCGUUUGGAAGAAGCAGAGGAGCGACCGACGAUGGUAUUUUACUCGCAACAGAAUCCGUUCAACCCGGCUAAUAACAGCGUGAAGCCGGUCAAGUGUCGAGGCAAUAACAAGAGCCAGCUUGGAUCAGUCUACCCUUUGGAUGGCGCUCACAACGCGCGUGGGUUGAAUCACAUUGACGAGAACAGGGAGGGUCUGAUCAGCGAGCGCUUGGUCCCUCAGAUUGGUGGACAAAAUGGAAUGGAUGAUCGUCGAUUUGCAGAUACGAACGAUACCGCCAUGUCCAGUGUGUCUACAGGCUACGUGCGAAAUGAAGACGGUGAGGGUGGCUACGAAUGGACCCCUGCUGGGACUGUGAUUGCUUUUGCAGGCACUAGUCGCCGGAUGGAAUGCGAGGAUGACCUUGAGGAGAUCGCUUCGCUGACUUUCCAGGACAAGAACCGUUGGUUCCUGGAGCAAGUACAGAAGCGCUGGCGGAGUUACGAAGAAGGUCACAUACAGUUUGUCGUACGACGGGAACAUGUUGUGAGCGACUCACUGGAGCAAAUGCUGAAGUGCCCGCCUAGUCGCUUUUGGGAGCGACUGCGCAUUUACUUCGAGAACGAGCCUGGCUUGGAUGCUGGCGGUUUGAUCCGUGAGUGGUACGAGAUUUUGAGCGAUUCGCUUUUCAACGACGAGUUUGGUCUAUUUAUUUCUACAAAGGGUGAGAACAUGGGCUACUGGAUUAACCCUGCCUCGGCUUCCAAGGUGCCCAACCACUUGGAGUAUUACGAAUUCAUUGGUCGUUUGCUUGCCAAGGCGUUGAUUGAAGGAUACAACAUGAAAAUGUCGCUUGCGCUGCCUCUGAUCAAGCAUAUUCUUGGCGUACCUAUUUCGUUCUCGGACCUUGAAUUUCUGGACGAGGACUUGUACAAGAAUGCAUUGUGGAUGAAACAAAACGAUGGUGCUGACCUGCUUGCAAUUGAUUUCACGGUGCAGGUGAUUACUUCUGAGGGUAAAUCUGAGACGGUGGAGCUGGUACCUGGCGGUGCCACCCGGGAUGUCACCGACGAAAACAAGAAGGAGUAUUUGGAGCUUUUGCUGAAGCACUAUAUGUUUGAGAGCAUUUCGGAGCAGCUAGGAGCAUUGCUGUUAGGUUUCUACGACGUCAUGCCGCAGUUUAUUAUCACAGUGUUUGAUUAUCAGGAGUUCGACCUUUUGCUAUCUGGUGUGCCGGAGCUGGACGUCAACGAUUGGCACGCGCACAGUGAGGUACGCUGGGUGAAGCUCGAGAAGCCCACUCCCGUCGAGCAUCGUGUGCUUAAGUGGUUCUGGGAGUGUAUGGCUGAAUUUACGAGCGAGGAGCGCGCACGAUUGCUGCAGUUUGCUACUGGCACUUCUCGUGUCCCCGUUCAGGGGUUCAAAGCGCUUACGAGCAGCGAUGGUCGUGUCCGGCGGUUCACUAUCCAGUUUGCACAGCGUGGGCCGCCGCCAACUGGCCUCAUGCCCAAGGGCCACACGUGCUUCAAUCGAAUCGAUCUACCGCUCUACCACACGAAGGCAGAAAUGAUUAAUUAUUUGACGCUUGUGAUGAACAUGGAGAUCUCAGGAUUUUGGAUGGAGUGA